GCAGGUUUGAGGAUUGAGAAAGGUCUCUAAAUAGCGCACACAACUCGGGGCUGGGCGCGAGUCAGUUCCGAGCAAGUGAACAGCGCGAACGCGCUUCCGAGUUUUGCAGUGUUUAUUGCUAGAGUUUGAAGUGAGUUUUAGGUGUUUUAGAAGUUUUAGGUGAUCUAUAAGCAAUUGAGCUAAGAUCGUGAAGUCAAUUACGUACGGUGCUAAUUAGUUGUGCAAAUUCUUUGAUUUGUAUGCCGGUACUCGAACUGUGACUGGGACAAUCAGGGAGCAGUUUGUCUAGUUUGAUGGAGACUGAGCAGCAGCAACCACAAUGCGCACCGGAGCAGGAACAUACGAAAGAAGCUAAGGUUCGUGGUGCUGACAUAAACUAUGGAAUCGACGACAAUCCACCAUGGUACUUCUGCAUCAUGAUGGCGUUACAGCACUACCUAACGAUGAUUGGUGCGAUCGUUUCGAUUCCUUUCAUCCUAACGCCCGCUCUCUGCAUGAGAGAUGAAGAUCCUGCCCGAGGGACCAUCAUAUCUACCAUGAUCUUCGUCACCGGUUUGAUCACCUAUCUGCAAGCAACCUGGGGCUGUCGGUUACCCAUCGUACAGGGUGGUACCAUCUCCUUUCUCGUGCCUACACUUGCCAUCCUCAAUCUGCCCCAGUGGAAAUGUCCACCGGUGGAAGUAAUGGACGCAAUGACAGAGUCGGACCGUACGGAGCUUUGGCAGGUGCGAAUGCGUGAACUCUCCGGGGCCAUUGCCGUUGCAGCCCUGUCGCAGGUUGUGCUCGGUUUUAGCGGACUGGUGGGAAAGGUGUUGCGUAUCAUCACUCCGUUAACGAUCGUACCGACGGUGGCACUCGUGGGCAUAACACUCUUUCGGCAUGCUAGUGAAACAGCGUCCAAGCAGUGGGGCAUAGCCGUCGGUACCACCGCCAUGCUGACGCUCUUCUCCCAGGUUAUGUCCGAUGUGCAGUUUCCCGGGGUGGGAUACCGGAAGGGACAUGCAUUACGAUUGAUCUGGUUUCCGCUGUUCAAACUGUUUCCUGUACUGCUUACGAUCGCCAUCAUGUGGACCGUGUGUGGUGUACUGACGGCUACCGGUGUCUUCCCAGUAGGACAUCCAGCGCGCACGGAUGUACGGUUGCGCGUGCUGGAGGAUGCGGAAUGGUUCCGCAUACCGUACCCGGGACAGUUCGGGUUGCCGACCGUAUCGUUAGCCGGCGUGUUGGGAAUGUUGGCGGGUGUGAUUGCCUGUACGGUGGAAUCGAUCAGCUACUAUCCGACGAUCUCGCAGAUGUGUGCGGCUCCACCACCGCCCUUGCACGCCAUCAACCGGGGCAUCGGAAUCGAAGGACUCGGCACGGUGCUGGCCGGACUGUGGGGUUCCGGCAAUGGAACGAAUACGUUCGGCGAGAAUGUUGGAGCAAUCGGUGUCACGAAGGUAGGCAGCCGGCGUGUAAUACAGUGGGCCGCCCUUAUCAUGAUACUGCAGGGUGUGCUGAACAAGUUCGGUGCCGCCUUCAUCAUGAUACCGGACCCAGUAGUCGGAGGCAUCUUUUGCGUCAUGUUUGGUAUGAUCACGGCGUUCGGGUUGGCGGCACUACAGUACGUGGAUUUGCGAUCGGCGCGCAAUCUGUACAUACUGGGCGUUUCGUUCUUCUUUCCGCUCGUUCUUUGUCUGUGGCUGCAGGAACAUCCGGGUGCAAUACAAACCGGCAAUGAAACGGUCGAUUCUACGCUGUCGGUAUUGCUCGGUACCACUAUUCUCGUCGGUGGUGUGCUCGGUUGCACGCUGGAUAAUCUUAUACCCGGCACGCCGGAGGAACGUGGACUUGUAGCUUGGUCGAAAGAAAUGGCCCUGGAAACGGUACAGAGUGGGGAAGGAAUGGCACCCGGGGGCGGAUUGGAGUGGGAAAAGAACACGUUCGAUUUUCCAUACGGUAUGACGCUGUUGCGACGCUGGAAAUGGACUCGUCACGUUCCGUUCCUACCGACCUACAAAAUGAAGCUUUGAUUCCUAUCGCUCGAGGAACAAAGAUGAAAUGCUUAUACUAAUGUUUAUGACAGCGCAGUCAUUAGUAAGCGUAUAUUGAAACAAGUCAGUAUAUACUUGGAUACUUAACGCUUACGUCAUGUUGUACUACGAUUUGACAGCCGAAGUGAAAUGUAAAUGAUAGUAUAAUAAACCAAAAACAACUCCACGUGUAUCGUUCGGUCAUCAAGCUGCAGUAUACCUUAACGCACAUAAAUCCGUCA